AUGAGCGAUGAUGAAAUAGAAAUAAUUCGAUCAGAGGAAGAAUUUCAAAGACAAAAUAAAUUAAUAGGAAGCCUGCAAAUCGAAAACAAAAGACUUAAUUUAGUUGAGAAGUAACUCUAAAAGGAAAUAGAGCAACUAAAUAUAAAGUUUAAGAAUCUUGAAUCCGAUAAGGUGAUUAAAUAGGUGGAGCUCAAAAAUUGGAUCUUAGAGGCUCAAUUAGAAACUAAUUUUAAACGUUCAGAAAUGUUAAAUAUGCAAUACGAAAUUACCCUAAAAGAAGUCCAAAAGAAAGCUGAUAAACAAAGGGCCCAUAUCCUAUAGCUUGAACAAUAAUUAUAGGAUUAGAAAAAUACUAAGGAAAAAGAAAAGUUAAUUUAGGAACUUAAAUAAUAUACUCAUUUAUUGUCUCAAUAGAUUCUAGAAAAAGAGGAAAUGCAUAAGGAAAAUCAGGAAUAGCUGAAAAUCUAACUAGAAGAGGCAAAAUAACGAAUAGGAUAAGAACAAUCCAUAUCAAUAUAAAUAAAAGAAUAGCUAACAUAAUUGGAGAAUGAAAAUAAAUUAAAAAAUGAGAAAAUUCUGAAUCUAACUAAUGAAAAUGGAAUAUAUAGAAAGGAAAAAGAAAAUCUUUAAUAAUAAUUAGAAUAAAUGUAGUUAGAAAUACAAAAUUUAUCAAUAUAAAUAGGUUUAACUGAAUCAGAAUAUUAAGAGACAUAAAAUAAAACAAAAAAAUUUAUCGAGGAACUGCAUCAAUAGCAAUAAAAUAAACUGAUUGUGUAAUAACAAAAACUAGAAGAAAUCAAUAACGAAAUAAAUAUCAAGAAUCACGAAUUUUAUGAUUUAAAAAUAGAAAAUCAAUAAUUAUAAAAUAAACUAAGAGAAUUUCAAGAUUAAAGAUUAUAAUUAAUGUAGAUUGUAGAAGAAAAUUAUGAAUUAUAACAAAAAUUAUAACGAUAUGAACAAGCUAACAUUAAUUAAAAAAAUUACGCAACUUAACUAGAAUAAAAGGAUAUUAAAUAACUAUAAGAGAUUUAGAAUUUGAAAAAAAAAAUUUUCGAACUUGACAAAAAAUAAAUGACCUAUUGUAAGGAAAAGUAGACAUUUAUAUAAACUUUAGGAGAGUUUUAGACUUAAAUGGAUGAGUCUUAGAUUUAUAAAAAAAAACAAGAUAAUUUAAUUGAAAAUUUGUAAACAGAAUUAUAAGUAAAAGAAAAAGAGAAAGAGAAUUUACUUAAUAUAAAUUAAUCUCUCUAAAAUUAGAUUAAUGAAAUAAAGAAUAGUAAUGUCUAACUAAAUAAUAUCAUUUAAAAUUGUGGUCAAAUGAAUAAUGGAAUUUUAGAUUCAAAUUAAAAGUUAAAUUAAUAAGUGAAUUAUAAAAAGGAGGCUGCAUUAUAUAAAAAAUAACUAGAUGAAAUAUCAAAUUGGAGUAAAACUUAGAUUAAUAAAUUACAAUCAACUCUAGAUGAAAUCCACAAUUGUAAAUAUUUAUUUGAUAUUUUUAAGAAAACCUAGAAAAAACCUUUCAGUUCUUUAAUGGUUUGA